AUGGAUGUUCUUAUGGAUAUAGAAAAUGAGUACAAUUGUACUGUUCCAACGACGUCUCAAAUGAAUGGUUGUGCUGUUCCCUUUUCACCAUUUGAAAAGGCUGAAGCCCAGAACGAAGAUGUGCCAAUGCCGGAUGCAAAUAAAAAACGAGAUGAAAAUGUAGUUGCCGAGUCUCGCAAGCGUACGAAAGAAAACAAGACAAAUGAGAAACAGCAAAACAUGGAUGGGAGCCAGAAAAUUGACACUCAAACUAAUAAAAAUGGAAAUUAUCGGCGGAACAGAAGAAGAAGAAAUAGUCGUUUCCAUAACCAAAACCAAGUCUCACUAAAUUAUGGCCCCCAAUCUCUUCAAUAUGCUACCAAUGCUGAUCCAAAGGAGUGGCUACGAGUGCAUAAAGACUUACCUUUAAUCAUCUGCAAUUACCUACAACUUAUAUUUAACAUUUGUGUGGUCUCCAUUCUUAUAUACAUUUUGUUUGCUUUUGUCCUCACAAUAAAACAUGAUGUUAAGCAAAAGGCACACGAGCAAUUGUCAGAGAUUACAGCCGUUAUUAAGGAUUGUGAGAAAAGUUAUAACAUAAAUCAAUGUUAUCUUCCAAAUCCCCUGCCCGGAAUCAGGGACCAAUGCAAGGAAUGGAAUGAUUGCAGACACCGUGAAGUUUACGGUAUAAGCUAUUCCAAACUUGCUGCACAAACAUUUGCGGAAAUUGUCAACACCUUCACGGAAACCAUAUCGUAUAAGACUAUGCUGUUUGUAUUGCUGCUUGUAUUUGGUGGUCUCUUCGUUUCCAAUUACGCAUUAACUUUGUACCGGGGAAAGCACUUGCAGCAUCUGCAGACCCAAGGAUUAAUAUACAAGGAAGGACCUCCAUACCGGGAUCUGACAAUAGCAAAGAAGGACUAG